AUGAACAACAGGGAUCGAGCCAUUAUUUACAGCAAUUUGGAAAAACUUGUGAACAACACUAACUAUAAUGCAUUGCGUUCUGAAUGCAUACAACGAAAUAUGCUCUCGCAGACAAUGGCGUCCCGUAUUGAGAGCAUGGCUCAAGAUGAAAUCUCUCGGCAUAAAAAGUUGUUCGAAAAGAUUACCAAACGUGGUCCAAAAGCGUUCGAUACGUUGCUGAGCAUAUGUCAGCAGAUGUUUCCCAUAGCUUAUUCUAUACUGAAACCUUCUUCGAACGACCAUCAAAUGCAUUCCACGCACAAUCCUCAACGUGUACGAUCGGUCAGCUGCAAUGUGGCCCCAAAGGUGUACUCAUACCGGGGUCCAGGCGAUGUAGAAGAUGGCAAAAUUAGCAACCUCGCGUCAACCACGCUGGUCGAGGAAAGCAAACACGUCUUGCAAGUUUAUCCUGACAUCCUGCCAACCUCUUUCUCUGUUAAGCUAUCCGCUGGACCAACAGAAACGCACCCAAAAGUUCCGGCAUAUCCAAUGAAGAGUCGCAACCGGGGCGUGGCCUUCAUUGUGAAUGUGAUCACCUUUGUGAAAGACGUUCAUCCUAAAAGAAACGGGGCAGACAUCGAUGGAAGGAAUUUGAUUUCGGUAUUCCAGCAGCUUGGAUUCGUUGUAUUCUAUUAUGAGGACAUUACGAUGGGUGAUUUGAAAGAACUGUUGGUGCAGUUGAAGGAUUCCGAAUACUUGUCCUGCGAUUGCUUUGCCUUUUACAUUCUCUCUCAUGGAGAUCAUCGAAAGGGCAGCGAUUACAUUUUCCUGCAUGAUAAUUCAAUCCUACGCGUCGAAGAUCUUUUAACGGAGUUCAAUACCGUUAACUGUACCAAAUUGAUCCGUAAACCGAAAUUGUUUUUCAUUUCUAUUUGUCGCGGAGUUCAAUCCGAUUUGGGAUCGUAUCGUUUAUCAACAAAUACGGAGCGCGAUGGUAUGAUUGACUUGAAGAAACCAUUACCGUCAAACAUUGCCACUUACUGUGACAUGCUGGUGUGUUACGCGACUGUACCAGGAUUUGCCGCACAUCGAGAUACCAACACGGGAUCAUGGUUUGUCGAAAGUAUGUGCAAAAUUUGGUCCGAGCACGCACACGAUACGGAUGUAGAGAUUCUAAUGAAGCUGGUAGGCGAAUAUGCAGCCACGUACCGCACAGAGGCCGCUGCAUUGCAGACCAUCUGCACCGAGCAGAGAGGAUUUUUCAAGCAACUGUACUUAAAUCCUGGCUAUUAUGAGUUUCCGGCAGAAUUGUGA